UGUCACUUUACUUCUUUCUUUGAAUCUGCAAUUGAUUUAUUUAUUUUAUUUUAUUUAUUUUUCUUUUAUUUUUUCCACUUCCUUUUGAUCCUUGAAAACUUGUGAUUGAAUACUUAAGCAAAAGCUGUAUAGUACUAAAUACAGCUUCAAACAAGUUGUAUGUGAUUCUUUAUUUGCUUAUAAGGUAUCUCAUUUUCAUUGCUUUUUCAAAGGUAAAGUCACAUAAAAAAGAGAAAAAGAAUGAAUAAGUCCUAUUUGUAUAAGAAUCUCAUCUUUCACUUACUCUGUUUCUCCCCUGUUUUCACUCUGCUCCAAACUAGGCACUAACUCUGUUUCUCCCCUGUUUUCACUCUGCCCCUAACUCGGCAGAGUGAUCAAAAACUUCAUUCUAUUCCGUUCCAUUCCUCUCUACUAUUCUCUACAAAAACACAAAUUCUAAUGGAUCCACCACCUCUCUCGACCGCUACAUCCACCUUUUCUUCGAAUAUCAUCCAACAAAAUUAUCCUGACUCAAUUGAGUCUUUAUCAUCUCCACCACCACCACCACCAGCACGAUCACGCAUUGGUGAACCAACGAAUGAUGAACACCUCCCUACUCUCCCCGGCGCCAAGCUUCGCCUCAUGUGUAGCUACGGAGGCCAUAUCAUGCCACGUCCACAUGAUAAGUCUCUUUGUUAUGUUGGUGGUGACACACGAAUCGUGAUGGUUGAUCGCAGUUCGUCCCUGAAAGACCUAUGUUCGCGCCUUUCGCGAACAAUUCUCAAUGGAAGACCCUUUACUCUUAAAUACCAACUUCCUAAUGAAGAGCUUGACAACCUCAUCACAGUCACAACAGAUGAAGAUCUCGAUAACAUGAUCGAAGAAUACGAUCGUUUAUCAUCUACUACAACAAAACCAUCUUCAAGACUAAGAGUUUUUCUAUUCUUUACAAAACCAGAAUCCACACUUUCAAUGGGAUCUUUAAUUGAUGAUGCAAAAUCAGAAACAUGGUUUGUUGAUGCACUUAACAACUCAGGAAUGCUAUCAAGAGGUGUAUCAGAUUCAGCUGCAGGGGAUUCUUUUUUGAAUCUUGAUGAUUCUGUUCUUGCUUGUGGCUCAAGCAACAACUUAGAUGCUCAAAGUGUAGUAGCAGAGUCAUUGAAUCUUCUUGAACAGAACAACAACAACAAUAACAACAAGGUUAAGAAUGUUUCUGAUGUUGUUUUGCAUUCAAACUCAACGCCCGGUUCACCGAUGCUAGAGAAUAGUUCUUCUUCGUCUUCUUUGUCGCCUUCGAUGGCUAAUUUGCCUCCGAUUCGUGUUCAUGUCGACGAAAAUAGUGGUAGCAGGCUUCAACAAGAUAACAAAGUUGGGAUGAUAGAAGAUAAAUUUUCUCAUAUGAACUUUGCUGCAAAUGAUGGAUUUGUUGUUUCUUCUGCUAAUGUAGCUAUGCCUGCAAUUUCUUCUACUACUACUAUUACUACUAGUGAUGUUAAUGUGAAUAGGGUUGUUUCUGAUGAUGAAAGAUCCGAUCAUGGAGUUUCGAUCGGAUCUCGAAAACCGCCUUUACCAUUGCAGCUUGUUCAACCAAGGACUAAUGGUGGUUUGAGUGUUCCUUCACCAGAUUCAGUUACAAGUGAUAGUAGUAUUGCAUCUACAAAUUCUUUCUCCAAGAUUAUUUAUCAUCAAGAACAAGUCCAAGUUCAAGUCCAACCUACACAAUUAGACAACAAAUCUCAAGAUACUAAUUACAUGUUACCUCCACAAUUAGAUCAAAAUCAACAACUCCAUCAACAACAACAACAACAAUUUGUUCAUUCCAACACUCACUUUAUCCACCACCCUACAACCACAAGUCAAGUUCCAAUUUCAUCAUAUUACCAAGUUUACCCCUCACCAUCACAACAACAAAUUCACCAUCCUAUUGGUCAACAACAAUUUCCACUUUAUGUAAUGCCUAUUGGAUCAACACAACCAUAUAACAUGACAUUACAACAUAAUAUGAAUGUAAAUGACCCUAAUGUUGUAGCAUCUAGUAUUCCAAUAAUACCUCAAAUUAAUGCUACUCCACCUAUUUACCCUACACAAUCAACUAACCCUAGUGAGGUAAACCCUAGUGUUUACAAAACAAAUGUUGCAUCAAAUUCUACAUUUGUUCAAAUUCCUUCAAAUCAAUUUCAACAACAACAAUAUGUUGGUUUGCCUCAAUUUCAUCAUCAACCACAUCAAAUUAAUGUAGCUCCAUCUAGUGGUACAAAUUAUGGUUAUGAAUAUGGUGGUGGCAAUGUGCAAGAUCAAGUAUACUAUACUCAACAACAAACAAAUGCUCCAUUGAUUCCUCAGUAUCAAUCCAUGACUCCAGCUGCUGCUGCUGCAGCAUUAUCUGAUGCUUCCAAACAAUUUCCGGCGGAGAAUGUUCAACAGCCGAAUAGAACUUCACAGCCAGUUUAAAAUGGAUUUGGAUUCCUUGUAGUCGAAGUUUCAUAUAUUCAUAACAGUUAGUCUAUCUAAGUUGUUGGAUAGAGAUUGGACGACUUGCGCUGUGACUAAAAAAUUGAAAAUUUGAAAUUUCGAUCAUUCGAUAUUUCGUCGGUGGUCAAACUCACCAACUUAGUGACUUUUGAUUGUCGAGAGCUAGUUGGAUUUCAAUUUAAUUUUUUUAAUGAAUCAAAUAUAGAACCUACUUUUCGAUAAAAAAAUAAAAAAAAACAAACUAUAGUUUAUUUUUCCUUUUGUCUAUGAACUUAUGAAAGAUGAAUGACAUGUAAUGUAAGAUCAUAUUUUGCAAACUUACCUUUUCUGGUUAUCACAUUUAAUUGAAUAAGGAAGUUGUUGCCA